AAGGCAAAAAGUGGUGUUCAUAUGGAUCUGGAGUGCUAUCACAAGCAAUCUGAGAAGCACUCGUCCUCAGUACUGUGUAGACCUCUUGUUUCAUUUGACGGACUUUUGUGUCGAGUGGCCACCAUCCAAAAAUCCUUCAGAGGUGUUCAAUUUUGUUAUUGUUAUUAAUUUUUCAUACAACCACAAUAUUUUUUUUUACAUCUUCUACCUUCAACCAUCAAACUGGAUCUCUGAAAAAUCUCCUUAUAGAGAACCAGGCCACAAGCCUUACAACAAGCAUGGCCAAUUGAUUUUCAAACAACAAAGGAUCAUACAAGAAGUUAUGAGAACUAUUCAGUGGAGGAGUGUGGAUCUUUUAUCCUUAUCAUUCUUAAACAUAUCCAUCCAGUGACAUUGACAACAAAAAAAACAAGAAUAAGGAUUGUGCAUCUGCAAAAUAUUCCUAUCGAGGAAUUGUCGAAGUACUUUUGUGAAUUAAAUCAAGGAAUUUUAAACUAGGAUAAUUAACGGUUAACGUGUUUUUAAGAACAAAAAUUAGUGAUUUAUCUCUAGUACAAGUGAAAGAAAAAACCAAUCCUCCAAUGUGGAGGACAAAGCAGUGGAAUUAACCCCUAAUGGAUAUAUACAAAUUUUCGUGAACAUAAACCAGGUUUUAGUGAAGUGCUUUUAGUCCUCUUAUAAAAGUGUUGUGAGUAAAGAGCGCACGAACGCAAAGAGAGCACGAAAGUGGUAAAUCACCUUCGUGACGCAUGUCCACUACACUGGCCACCACAAAUUCUGGAGCCUUUCCAGAGGAUCCCGAUCAGGAACAUGGGCUCCUGCCCGAUCUAAAUGGUGUGGACUUGGUUAUGAGCUUGUCGCCCAAGCACAAUCAUCAUCACAGUCUCACGAGUCUCCAGCACUUGCAGUCACUUCAGCACAAUUCACUCCACAGUCACUCUACACCCUUCUCAGUCACGGAUAUUCUAAGUCCCAUCGAGGAGUCAUAUAGGAAGUUAGAACUUAGCGCAAAUCCGCCUUCGCCUUACAGCGGCAGCAGCGUCAAUUCGCCAAGUGCUCUGGGGCCAAGUACGGGGAUGGCGAAUCCCUAUGCCAUGGGGCCUUUGUAUCACAGUCCCGGUGUGCAGAGCUACUGUACUCCGGCGGACAAUCUCUCCCUCGCUGGCCACUACACUGACAUGAGGAGUUCCGCCGGCUGGUACGGAUCCACAGCCAACGAUCCCCGAUUUGCAAUCUCAAGAUUAAUGGGUGGCUCAGCGGGUGGUUCCAUGGGACACGCAAUGAGCAACAUGGGAAGUUUGGCGGCUUGCAGUGUAUCUGACUCAAAGCCAAUGCAAUUUCCUCUGGCACAGAGGCGAAAAAGACGAGUCCUUUUCACACAAGCACAGGUUUACGAGUUAGAACGAAGAUUUAAGCAGCAAAAAUACCUUUCAGCACCUGAACGAGAACAUUUAGCCAGUUUGAUUCAUUUAACACCAACACAGGUGAAAAUAUGGUUCCAGAACCACAGGUACAAGUGCAAGAGACAGGCGAAGGAGAAAGCAAUGGCCGAACAGAAUCAGCACAAUCAGUCCGCAAGUUCGCCAAGACGCGUUGCUGUACCAGUUCUGGUGAAAGAUGGUAAACCGUGUUCAGGAAACUCCAAUAGCAGCCAGCAACAGCAGCAGCAACAACAGCAGGUGUCGGGUGGGAAUACGACGGUAUCAAGUGGAAGUAACCUGGUUACAGGUGAGACAGCAAACGCCCACUCGCCAGACACCUCUGCAGCCCUGCUGAGCACCUACAAUGGCGCCCAGCAUGCCCAGAUGCUUCAGCAGCCAUGCAACAAUGCCCUGAUGUCCAACAGCCUCGCGAUGGCUUACCGCAAUCAGAACAAUUUUAUGAGCAACAGUCACCAGCAGCAGUGCAGUAGCUAUCUGCCGCUCCAGGGACGAGCCUGGUAAUAGUGAGUCCGACCACUAGUGUAUACCUCCUCCCCAGUUGCCAGCCAACCCGUGAAUCCGGAAGUAGGCAAAUAUAGUGUAGGAAAUAUAUAGUGAGAGAUGAUAAAGUGUUUACUGAGGCGUCUACCACUUUUAGCUAAAAGAGAAAUUGAUAGUGCGGAGUUCUCAAAGUCACGGUUUUGCUUAGACUAAAACAAAGGAAGAGCAAAAUAUUGAUUUUCUUCCUCAAGUUACCCCAAAAUUAAAAAUAGUUUUUUUCUUCUGAGAAAAGGACCCCAAAGAAACGUUAGCAGCAGGAUCGUUGAAAUAUUUUGAAAUUCAUUUUACUCUAACAGAAUAAUUUUUUAUUUGAGAGGACAUUUCAUGAAGAAGCCGGCAAUAAUCAAAUAUUUACCAAGAGUUGAGUGAGAAAACAUUCUCUUACAAGGUCGCUGGAGGAAUUUCUGGUGUGACCAUACAAAAUCGUGAAAGAAUUUCGGGGAAAAAAUCUCGAGGACAUCUUCAAAAAUCAAACGGAAAGUUGUCAAUAUCUCAUAUUUCACUCAGAGAAAUAGAAGAUCCUCAUUCUUGUGUGGUCAUUUUACUCCUUUUCUUUUCGUUUAGUUUGAAAGGAAUGCAAAAAAAAGAGGAUAGAAAUGAUAGAAUUGACCAGUUUGACUUUCUACCUUUCCCAAUGGAAUUUUCUUGUGGGAAAAUGUAGACAUUAACUUCCUCCCGCAAUUGACGGGCGUUAAAGUGACACAGCUAAAAAGGAAUUAGUCAGUCAGGAUUUAAAGGAGCCCUCAAUGAUUUCUAUUUACAUUACUCCAUGGAGAUUUGACGGGAUUUUCCUCACCAUUGACGUACUUAAAAGGCUUUUAAAAUUAUCUUGUUGUGUACACAAGAGAUAAAUCUCACUAUAUCCUCAUUCACCACACACAGUGAAUCCUCAGAGGCUUUUUUUUUGUCCACACAAUCAAAUUUGCCUCCUUUUCAUUACAUCCUGCCACUAAUUUCGCAAUUUUCUUCAGGUUUGAAAAAAAACCACUGAAAAAAAACCAGAAGCAUGGAAAAACAUAAAAAAAAGAAAUGUACAAAGUACAAAAAGAAGCAUCAUAGAAAAUUUCUUUAGCAAAAUGAUUGAAUUGACAGACAUUUUAAAAGGAAUAAUAAAGUAAAUUACUGAAAUAAUAAGAAAAAAGUCCCACAUAUAAAUAGAAAAAGAAAUAAUAAAAGGUGUAAUUUGAGGAGGAAAAAUGAAACAUUCAAAAGAUAAAAGAAAAAAAUGAAACUCAUACAUCGAGAAUGCAAUAAAAUGUAACCACUUAAAUUUUAGGAUGAAUAAACUCUUUCAUUAAGUUAUUUUCUUUAAAAUGAAAUCAAAUGCAGUCCGAAUUUGCCAAAUCCAGCGGCAUAGCAUUUUUGUAUUGCGAUUUUGUUAAUUUAUUAUUUAAACCUCGUCUAGACUUGAAGGGCUGCAGGUCACGUUUUUAAGGAUCUCAGCUGAUAUUCACUGCAAAUUCUUCUCAACCCUCAAUAACCGGUGAAAAAUCCAAAAGUAAAAUUCCUAAAUUUUCCAGUGUUAGGGCCUCUACAGACCUGAGGAUUAGUCGAGAGACGGCUUAGCGUAAUUAUAUUCGAAAUAAUGAUUAAACUAUUAUAUAUCUCCAUAAUUUUCCACUAAGUCGUCUUUCGGUUUAAAUCGUAAGUGUGUUUAGGGCAUUAUAUUGGUAACUUUUGUAAUUAGUUUGAAUGAAAUAAAAAGACUAGAUUAGAUUACAGUGGGGGCGGUUCCUCGCGGAUCCGCUGCACCCAGGCCUCCUUUUGGGCCCAUUAUGCAUCCCCGGUUAAAUUAAUCCCUGUUAAGGGCAAGAUGGUUUAAGCCAGCCCGACUAACUAUCUCUAUAUAACUUUUCGAAACAUUCUAAAUAUGUAAGAUCACCGCUAAUGACGCAAAAACACAAAUUUAACACCUUAAUGCCAGUAGGGAGUUUUAAAAAAUAAAUUCCUUUUUUCUCUUUUUUUUAAUGAGAUUCGACAUAGAUCAUUAGACAAAAACAUUUUCGCUUUAGAAUCUGAGAAAACAACAAUUGUUGUACUGACAAAAUUACCCAUAACAUUUGCAAAGUUAAUUUUUGAAAAAUCCAGUUGUUUUACGUUCCAAAAAAAAUCAAAAAAUUAUUUUAAAAAAAAUCCAAUAGGGAUACAUCAUGCUAAAUUUAACAUCAUUAAAUUGUAAAUUCUUUUUGAGAAUUUAAACCGCAUUGUGACCAAAAAUAUUUGAAAUAGUUAGGAAUCAGGACAAAUCAGAUAAAUAAUUUUUUAAUAAUUUUAAUUUUUGUAGUACAUAAUACUUAAAUCGUCUGGCAUUUAAAAUAUUGUACAAUUCACAAUAUAUUAUAUAACUGAUCCAAAGUAAUUAUAAAAGCAACACCGAAUACUCAGAAUAAAUAAUUUAAUUAACUAACUCAGUUUAGAAGUGAGACAAUUAAUCCUAUCAAACCCUCAAAAUAAUUUUUAAAUUCUGGACAGUUCUCUGGUAACUCAGAGAACUAUUUAAGAAUUUUAUGUAUAUGUUCCAUAAAUUACGAUUCAUGAUUUAUUAAGUCAUGGCUUCUACAUAGUCUAAAAAAUUUACGAUAAAAUUUAGCAUUUUGACACGGAGAAUUUACUUUAAAAUGCUAAAUUUUUACUUAAGGGGCUAAGUGAGUCAAGAAGGCUAAAAAAAACAUUUUUUUUUUAAAUUUUAAUCAGCAUAAUAAGAAAGUUAUUUAAUUUAAAUUCUCAGGCAUACAGAAGUACAACAUUUAAACGAUAUUUUCUGAAAUUUUUAUUUACAAAUUUUAAAAAUUCGGCCGUUGGGACCUGCUUUUCGGAGAUCUUUUUGAAAACAAAUCUUUGUUUUUUCGAUCGACAAGAUUUCUCAGUGCCGGUUGAUCUGAAGUCAUAAAACCAAAUAUUUCUUGUUAGCAGAUAAGUUAGAUAAACAAAGAAUUUUUUUUCCUUGAUCACAGUUCAUUUUGAAAAUAAUUCGUCGUAAAAUUCGUACAUAACAUAAGCCGAAAAUUAUUAUGUUUUGUAACAAAUUUUUCCUAAUAUCUAUAUUUCAUUUUUUCAAAAAUCCAUCGUUGAAGGGCUAAUUUAACUCAUCUACUAGCAGAGAAUAUUUGGUUUUUUUGACGUCAAAUGGAUCUUACUCUGAGAGAAAUCUUGUCAAGCGAAGAGUUAGGUAUUUUCAUAGAGGUCUCCGAAAAUCAGAUACCAGCGACUGAUUUUUUUUUAAUUUUUGAAUGAAAAAUUCAAAAAUAUGUAGUUCAAAUGUUGGACUUUUAUAUGCUAAGAGCUAGAAAUAAAUAAUUUUUUUGUUAUAUUGAGAAAAAUAGAAAAAAUAUGCUAUUUUUCAGAAAUUUUGGCCAACAUAACACCUUAAACUUCUCACAAUGCCUAGAGACAUCAAAUGCCUUUAAAGGAAAGGAUAGCUAAGGUAACUGUACCAAAUUUCGCCAUAGUUUCAUGCAAGCGCCAAAGUCUUCAAUUCGAAAUGCACUAUUUUUAUUAUAAACCGAUUUUUUUGUUACUUCUUUUUAAGGAGUGUUGCUUUGAAACUUGUAGAUAGUUUUCUCUAGAAUCGUUCUUAAUACAUUUUAAAAUGAAUAAAAAUAUAGACAUAGCUUUGGGUAAUAUUUCGGCCACCGUAAUUCUCAUUGUUCCUUGCCUUUUCGGAAUUCUUUCAAAGUCUUUUUCACAUCAUCUUGUUCGUUGAAGCGACAUUUUUCUAUGUUUUUUUUUUGCAUUGUAUAAUCGCUAGACAGAGUAUGUAAAAAUUAAAAAUUCAUGGAAAUUUGGGAAACAAAAGAAAUGGCCGAAAUUGUAAGCUGGACGAUAUUUGGUACAGUUCUCCUAUAUUGUUAAUCUUUUAACAAUAAUCAUCUUAUUGGUCAUAAUCCAUAGGCGUUAAAGGGUUACUUAAUUAUUUAUUUAAUUCAACAUAUAUGAGUUACUUCAUGAUUAAAUAAAAUAGAUCAAGAAAACAUUUGAGGGCUAGCACAAUUACGAAUACUUCUCUCUCAUCAACAAUUUUUAUAACUUCACAACACACAAAUUAUUAAUAAAAAAGUAAAAUUUAAUUAAAGUUUCAAGCAGUUUAUAAACUUGAAAAAAAGAAACAUUGGAAUAUUGUAGAAAUUGUCCAAUUUCUUUAGAAAGCAAUCUUCAAUAUUUUUAACUGAACAUUCUACAAUAAUAACUUUUUACAGCGAGUUUUUAAUACAAAUAUAUAUCCUAAAAUCUCCCUUAAGUUUUGCAAUUGUCGAAAGCAUAGUGAGAUUAUUUUGAGUAUUUUGAGUAUUGAGUAUUUUGAGAGUACUCAAUAUUUAUUUAAAAUAAAGACAUAUUAACUUCAUGUAAUUAAGUAUUUAAUUCCUAUACAAUGAUUUAGUCUCAUAGUGAUUAUUAAUCUAGCUAGAAUUUUAAGACUUUUAAAGUUCAAAGCUCUAGCUAGACAAUAAUGCAAUGCGAUAAAACUAAGUUCAAGUUUUUCUCUAAAACUUUUAGUCCUUGGUGUGACUCUUCAUCAGUCGACUGAGAAAAUAUAUUUUUUUUUAAUUUAAGAAUAAUUUUUUAACAAUUUUUCAUCCUCUUCACUUAUUCAACUCAGAAACUUUUAUUUAUUUGAAAAACGUCUAAAGUUUCAUUAAAGUGGAGAGGAUGAAAUAUUGUUAAAAAUUAUUCUGAAAUAAAAAAUAUAUAUAUAUAUUUUGCCUACUCAGAGCCGAAAGCUUUGGAGGAAGGCUUGAAUCUUUUAUUUUGAAAGAAGAAUAGUUUUCUGAAAAACAUCGGAAAAGUUGAGGAGAGCAUGAAAUUUCUCUCAGGCUCCAGAAACAGAAGUAUUACUGGCAAAAUUCACGAGAAAAUUCCAGCAGUUUGGUAAACAAUUUGAAUUUUCUUUCUCUUACAUGUGCAAAUAUUUUCUAGAAUGUUCUUUAGCAAAUUGAGCUUGAAUUUCACAGAACAUUUCCUUUUGCAUAAUGCAAAAAGCUCAGAAUCUUAGAGCAUUUCACUGAAGUUAAAUUUAGGUUCUCUAUUCACUUUUUGUUGACUUCUAACUGAAUAUUCGCUAUAUUAAAAAAUCGUUGCAAUAUUCGCAAUAUUUACAAAAUAUUCACAAUAUUUUGCAAUGUAUAGAAAUAUUUUCACCGUGCAGAAGUUCGCCAAUAAUCAUGAAAUUCGAAAUAUUCGCAAUAUUCUCAGUAUGUUCAGUAUUCACAAAAUAUUCACAAUAUUUGCAAUUGUUUACGAUAUUAAUUGCAAUAUUUACCAAAUAUUCACCAUAUAUUCAAAAAAAAAAUUUGGAAUAUUCGCAAAUAUUCACAGCAUUUGCAAUAUUGAAAAUAUUCUCAGAAAUUGACUACACUUGCAUUGUUCACAAAAAUUGUCAAUAGUCGUAUAAAUUGUGCUCUGAAUGCUCUAGUGAAAUGCCCCUUGUUCUUUUGUUCUUUUUUUAAAAAAAAAAUUAAAAGCUCCCUACUGAUUCUGGGUAAAAAAUCAAAACCUGAAAUUAAAAAAAAAAUACAUAAUGCUAUUUUUGUUCAUUUUUUUGUAGUCAUUGCGGUUUAAACGAUAAAUACACUAUAGUUGCUUUAACACUGGAAUUUAUUAACAAUAGAUUAUUUUCCGAAUAAUUAGCCGUGAUCGAAAAUACAAGUGAGUUGAAGAGGUUGACGAGUGAAGAAAAGAGGAGGCGAAAGUACCUUUAUUGAGCACUUUUUGAUUUUCUCUAAUUAAUUAGAAAUUAGUUGAGAAGUAAUAUUGAAAAAAACACCUGUAAAUAGUGUAAUUAACUCUGAUAAACCCUAAUUAAGGAAAUUCAUUCGAUAGGCAUUUAAAACUAAUAAUGUAAUUAUUAGUGAAAGAAAAUAUUAAGAACUUUUCAGUGUAUUUGUAUAAAAGACGAUUAUAUAAAGAAAAAAAAACAAGAAAACAUUUAAGAAUUGAGCAGGGUAUUAAUAGGUUAAUGUUCUUUCCAACAAGUACUUUUUAGAAAUGAGUUUUUAGAGGCAAUUCAAAGAAGUACUUGAGCAACUUCAAGGAAAUUGAUUGAGAAAUUUCAUGGAAAAAAAUUGUGUGACGUGAUAAAUAGUUCUUUUUUUUAUAUAUAACAAAUUUACUUUCAACCAGCAUUUUCUCUCCUUGAAUUGAAAAUUCCCCUCGUAAUAUAAAGAAGAAGAAAAAAAAAUAGUCUGUAAAUACCGUGUUAAAAAAAAGAAGAAGUAUAAGGUUAAAGAAUUGAAAUGGAGAAAAUUGCAUCUCAUAUAAUGAUAUAAAAUGAAUUUAAAAAGGAAUAAUAAAAAAAAAUUAGUUUACUUAUAAUGAAUUGUACUACAAUUGGUGUAUUUUACAGCAAAAACAAAAUGAGGAAAAAAAGUGAAUAAAUAGCAAAUAAUG